CAGAUUCCUCCCUCUAUCGAUUUGAACUCUUUCAUUUUGGUGCAGCGGAAGUAAUUUUAGGGAGCCUGAUGAUACGGGGGAAGAAAUGGCCAUGACGACAGCCGCGCCAGGUGGACGCACUACCCAAGGAAGGAAGCUUCAAUGCCGAACUGAUGGGAGCACGUCAACCGAGGCUCGCCCAUACCCUGCGGCAGCUCGGUCCCCCACGCAGCCCCAGUGGCCAUGUCAGAUGCCACGCGGGGCACUGUCCUGCCCCUGCAAGCAGCCACAUCAGGUAACAUCAAACUCAUCUAUAAAUACCCCCGAGCCCUAAGCAAAAGGGGAGGAGGAACUCACUCAGACACAACACUCAGAGGCUCUUCUUCUGCCUCAUCCACAAUCCCCUCCACAUCCUUCUCUAACUUGAUCGUCGGAGGGGUCGGGUCGAGCUCCCGGCCCGACCUGUGUGCAGGUGCGAGAUGGUGUCGCCUCUUCCCGAAGUUGCGGCGGAGCUGCCUCCCGACCCGAGCCGCCGACCCGAACCGCCGACCCGAACCGCCGACCCGACCUGCCGAACCGACCUCCCGACCCGAACCACAGAACACGACCGCCGGGAGACCUCGAGGGGCUCGCCCACCCGUUGACCACCGCCUUCCGGACCCGGACCAAGCCGCGACGGCCCCAAGGCCACGGCUGAACAGUUACUGACCGUAACAUUUUGGCGCUAGAAGGAGGGCCCCGGAAUGUCGACUGGUCAACAAACCCGCCUGGGCGGCCCCUCAGUCGCGAGGACGCACCCGAUCGGGUCCCCGGAAGAUCAUCCCCCGCGGGAGGAGCUCCGAGGGGGAGGUCUCGCUGCGACUUCGGAGCAAUACUGGCGCCUGUUCAAUGACCCGGGCUUGUCGCCACCCGACGCCACUAUCGUCCCCCCACCAAUUUCCCCCGAGGCCUUCCACGAUCUUGCCCACCAGGUGAGGACGCUGGCGGGCGUGGUGCAAGCCAUUGUUCCGCUCAUCCCCCAGCCGGCGCCCUCGCAAACGAACCAGCCCCUGCAUCAACGGGAGCCCGCCACUCGGGAGCGGGCACCUCCCCCCGGGCCUCCGUCACCUCGAAACCAAGCGACCCGGCUCGGCGACCGGGACACCGUGGGCACGUCGAGCCGCCCCGAGCCCGAGUGGCCACCCGCAAACUCGACCCUCACCUUGCAGGCGCAGCUGCAUCUUUUCAAUCAACGCUUGAACGAGGUACAACAAGAACUUCGCAGGUCGAAGGGGGAGCCCGGGACGGACGGAUACCAGGGGUCCCCGUUCGCGCCCGAAAUACAAGAUCAGGCCAUCCCGCCGCACUUUCGGCUUCCAUCCCUAGACACCCACAAUGGCGACACCGAUCCCGCGGAUCACGUAGCCGCGUUUCGUGCCCAAAUGGCGUUGUACGGAACUUCUGACGCCCUGAUGUGCAGGGCGUUCCCGACGACUUUGAGGGGACCGGCCCGCGCGUGGUACGGUAGCCUCAAGGCAGGAACCAUUUCUUCCUUCGACCAGCUCGCCCGGGACUUUGAGCUCAACUUCCUCGCCUACGCCCGCCCGAAGCCGUCCGCGGCGCUACUGCUCGGACUCAACCAAGGGGAAGAUGAGUCCCUUUCCCACUUCUUGGACCGUUUCACGACGCAGAUCCGAGGGCUCUCGGACGCUCAUCCUUCCCUGUUGAUGCAGGCAUUCAUGAUAGGCUUACGGCCCUCCAGGUUCUUCUGGUCCCUGGUAGAGCGACCCCCCACAACCGUGCCAGAGAUGCUUCAACGGGCGAGCCAAUUCGUCGCGGCAGAAGCGUGGAUGGCCGGGAGACCCAGGGAGCACAGGGGGACCAAAUCAGAGCCGCCUCGACAGCAACAGCCACCACCAUUCCGGCGCAGGUCGGACAGAUCUGACCUAGCGGCUCCGAGGCCCCCCCUGCCAGCUUUGAAUGCAUCUCAAACAGACAUAUUCCUUCAUAUAAGGGGAAAAGGUUUACUCAAAGAACCCUACCCGAUGAGCGAUCCCCUGGCGCUGGCGGAUCAAUCGAAAUACUGCCGCUUCCAUCGGCAACGCGGGCACGACACUGAACAAUGCCGGGAGUUGAAAAGACAGAUCGAGGAACUCAUCCGCAGGGGGCACCUUGGUCAGUAUCUCCACCCGGACAAGGAAUCUUCUCCCCGCCCCGAGGGGCCCGUCGAGCGACGUAUCGACGUGAUAUCCGGCGGCCCCGCAUCCGGUGGAGACUCCAUGGCCCGCAAGAAGGCAUACGCCCGAGCCACCUCAGCAGAGGCUCCCGGACACGCCCCCGGACCCAGUGUCACCUUCCCGGCCAGGGUGUAUGAACAGGCCGAACACGAUGAUGCACUCGUGAUCUCGGCCAGGAUCGCCAAUGCGCAGGUACGAAGGAUCAUGGUCGACACCGGAAGCUCGGCCGAUAUACUAUACCUCGACGCCUACUUAAAGCUUGGCCUACCCAGAGAUGGCAUGAAGCCGGUAUCCUCGGCGCUCACCGGCUUCACCGGUGACUCAGUCUCACCGCUAGGGGCGGUUACUUUGCCCCUGACCCUGGGAGUUCCGCCAAAGUCAAAAACAACCAUGACCACCUUCCUGGUCAUCAACCUCCCCGCCGCUUACAACGCCAUCCUCGGUCGGCCGACGCUCAACAAAGUUAGAGCUGUCGUCUCAACCUACUAUCAGACUGUGAAGUUCCCGACCUCGGCAGGAACUGGCGAAGCUGCGGGAAGCCCUCGAGAAUCCCGGCGCUGUUACUUAACCGCCGUCUCGCUGCCUAAGAAGCCCAGAGUCGAACCACCAUUGAUGGACCCCCGAGCGGUACAGAGGUCGGCCCCCCAUGUCGAGCCGAAGGGAAUCACGGUCGCUGUGUCGCUGCAAGGACGCCCGGAACGGGCGAUUAGGGUCGGGUCAGAGCUGCCCAAGCACGAACGAGAACGACUCGUCGGCCUCUUGCAAGAAAACACUGAUGUCUUCGCUUGGUCCCCCUCUGACAUGACAGGCCUCGACCCAGAGGUCGCCCUACAUCGCCUCAGCAUCUCCUCCGACGCACGUCCGGUACAACAAAAGCUGAGGCGGCAGGCCCCUGAACGACAGACGGCCAUACGGGAAGAAGUAGCUCGCCUCUUGAAGGCAGGUUUCAUAAAAGAAGCCGGAUACCCGCAAUGGCUGUCCAAUGUAGUUCUUGUCAAGAAGGCAAAUGGAAGCUGGAGGAUGUGCGUUGACUACACAAGCCUUAAUAAGGCAUGCCCAAAGGAUUGCUAUCCUCUACCAAGGGUCGACCAGCUGGUCGACGCCACAGCCGGCUACGCCCGCCUGUCAUUUAUGGACGCCUUCUCGGGCUAUAACCAGAUCGGGAUGGCACCCGAAGAUCAAGAACACACGGCCUUCAUUACCGAUCAGGGGGCCUACUACUACAAGGUCAUGCCCUUCGGGCUGAAAAAUGCCGGCGCGACAUACCAAAGGGCAGCGAACAAGAUAUUCGCCCGCCAGAUCGGUCGAAACAUGGAGGUGUACGUCGACGACAUGAUUGUAAAAAGCCAAGAAACCGGGACUCAUUUGGCUGAUCUAGCCGAAGCCUUCGCUACACUCCGCCGGGUGGGCAUGCGCCUCAACCCCGCGAAAUGCGCCUUCGGCGUCACAUCCGGAAAAUUCCUCGGAUUCAUCGUGCAUGAAAGAGGGAUCGAUGCCGACCCAGAGAAACUCCGGGCAAUCAUCAACAUACAAUCGCCCCAGACUACCAAGGACCUACAGCGCCUCAACGGAAAACUCGUCGCCAUGUCCCGAUUCCUCGCCCGCUCAGGGGAUCGCUGUUUCCCCUUCUUCAAAGCACUGCAGAACCCGAAAGGCUUCCAAUGGACGACGGAAUGCGAGGAAGCCCUCCAACAAGUGAAAAAACACCUGGCCAAUCUUCCUCGGCUCACCUCAGUCUCUCCUGGUGAGAAACUGAGCAUCUACUUGGCUGCCUCCCUGCACGCGGUAAGCUCCGUCCUGGUCAAAGAAAGCUCAAAUGGCCAACUCCCGGUCUACUACGUGAGCCACGUCCUCAACGGCCCGGAGGAGCGAUACCCCCCGAUCGAGAAGCUGGCGCUCGCCCUCGUGCUAUCCGCCCGGAAAUUGCGCCCCUAUUUCCAAGCCCACCCCGUGGAGGUAGUUACGGACCAACCACUCCGGCUGGUCCUGUCUAAGUUUGAUGUGGCGGGACGGCUCCUCAAAUGGGCAGUGGAGCUCGGCGAACAUGACAUUCGGUAUGUACCCAGGACGGCCAUCAAAGCCCAGUCUGUGGCCGACUUCAUCGCGGAGCUAACCCAAGGGGAGAGCGGGAGCCUCGCACGACCCUCCGAGGCCUGGCUCUUGCACGUCGACGGGUCAGCCAACUCAAAGGGUGCGGGCGCGGGGCUGGUGCUCCGAGCCCCCGACGGACGGUCAUUCGAGCGUUCCCUCCGCUUUGGGUUCCGUGCCUCUAACAACGAAGCAGAGUACGAGGCACUCCUUGCGGGACUCAGGUUGGCCCUCGAGAUGCAGGUAUACUCCCUCCACGUCCAUACAGACUCCCGGCUAGUGGCCGAGCAACUCAGCGGAGGAUAUGAGGCUCGCGACCCGACCAUGGCGAGAUACCUGGCGCAGGUAAGGAACUUAACUGCGAAGUUCCUGCACUUUACAUUAUCUAAUGUCCCAAGGGUGGAGAACGAGCGCGCUGACGCACUAGCUAAGCUGGCCUCGAAACCUGCCCCCGGUGCCGGGCCGGAAGUCGAGGAGCUACUUGCCCGCGCCUUCGAGAUCGCGGUCACGGCCACCAGCAGCGCGUCCUCUUGGGUACAAGAACUACUGCGCUACAAACGGGACGGAACUCUCCCACCCGACAAGGCGGCAGCCCGGCGCCUGCUCCGCACGCACGCAUGGUAUGUUGAGGCGGGCGGGCGGCUUUAUAAACGGUCCUUCUCAUACCCCCUCCUACGAUGCUUGGAGCCCGACGAGGCGCAAAUCGUCCUGGCAGAGAUACACGAGGGCACCUGCGGAGAACACAUCGGUGGGCGGAUCUUAGCGCAUAAAACUCUCCGCCAAGGCUAUUACUGGCCGACCAUGUGUCGGGACGCAAGAGUGCACGUACAGCGGUGUAUCCCAUGCCAAGAGCACGCCCGCACUCCUCGACUCCCCGCAACCCCGCUGGCCCCCAUUGACUGCGCUUGGCCGUUUGCGCAAUGGGGUUUAGACAUCCUCGGGCCCUUCCCCUUAGCCGCGGGACAACGGAGAUUUCUUAUCGUCGGCGUGGAUUACUUCACAAAGUGGGUCGAGGCCGAGCCACUGGCAACAAUUACAGCACAGCAAGUAGAGAAGUUCGUAUGGAAAAACCUGAUUACCCGGUUCGGGCUGCCCGAAGCCAUCAUCACGGACAAUGGGCCCCAGUUCUCCAGCCAGAGGUUUCGGGAGUUCUGCGCAAAACAUGGAGUCCGCCUGAAAUACAGUUCGGUCGCUCACCCCCAGACGAACGGGCUGGCAGAAGUGACCAACCGAUCCAUCCUGGACGGGCUCAAAAGGAGAGUGUCCGCAGCUCGGACAAACUGGACGGACGAGCUCCCGAGCGUGCUCUGGGCGCUGCGCACCACUCCAAAAACAGCAACGGGAGAAUCCCCGUACAGCCUCACGUUCGGAACCGAAGCUGUACUUCCCCCCGAAGUAGCCAUCACCACCUUCCGCACGAAGGACUACGACGAGGGAGCCUCAGAGGAAGGACUCCGAACCGCCCUCGACUUGCUAGAAGAGCGACGCGCCGACGCACACAUAAGAAUCCUCUCCUACAAAAGGGCGAUCGCAAGGGUUUACAACCGAAAAGUACGACCUCGACCCAUCAGAUUGGGCGAUCUGGUCCUGCGACGGACCGAGGUCAGUGACCCGACCCGACAAAGAGGCAAGUUGGCCCCCAGUUGGGAAGGCCCCUAUCGGGUGAUCGAAGUCAUCGGAACCGGAGCGUUCCGGCUCGCUACAAUGGGAGGUCAGCCCCUGCCAAGAACCUGGAAUGCACAAAAUCUCAAAAAGUUCUUUUCAUAA